AUGAGGAAGUACAAAAACUACGAGGAGGCCUUGUGCUACAUUGGGAGACUUCCCUUCGAGCAGUCAGAGAGCAACAUGAAGCGCUACGGCAAGACCCUGAUCCACCACGUCCCCGACGGCACCACGCUGCACCUCAAGGGCCUGUAUGGAACUUGUACCUUUAUCUCCCAGGCCAAUUCAGAGGAGUUCCUCCCUGUGUUUGCUAAUAACCCGCAGGAGCUAAGGGCCUUCCUGGAGCACAUCAUCAAGGUGGAGCCCUUCUUCUCUCAGGGGGUGUACGACAUGCUGCUAGUGCUACGGCUGCAGGACUGGGCACAUGAACAAGACCCUGAGAGGAAUAAGGUCCUGCAGGGGGCAGCACUGUCCUUGUUGAGGAGAGACAACACCGUAUUUGACAAGGCCCUCGUCCUGUGCCAGAUGCACAACUUCAAAGAUGGGGUCCUGUACCUCUAUGAGAAGGGAAAGCUGUACCAGCAGAUCAUGCACUACCACAUGCAGAAUGAGGAGUACAGCAAAGUGGUGGAGGCCUGCUCCCAGCGCUACGGUGACCAGGAAGUGUGCCUGUGGGAGCAGGCGCUGGGCUACUUUGCCCGCAAAGAGGAGAACUGCAAGGCCUACAUCAGCCAAGUCCUGCAGUACAUCGACCAGAACAAUCUGAUGCCUCCCUUAUUGGUGGUGCAGACGCUGGCACACAACUCCACGGCCACGCCGUCAGUCAUCAAGGACUACCUCAUCAACAAGCUGCAGAGGGAGACACAGCAGAUCGAGGAUGACGAGCGCAAGAUCCGCCAGUACCGUGAGGAGACGGCCCACCUCCGCACCGAGAUCCAGGAGCUCAGAAGCAGCGCCUGACUCUACACCCACAUCUCCUUGGGGAGUUUUGACAUAUCAUGGAGUCAGCAGGAGCUGACGUGCCCACCCCGUCUAUGGAGGAGCGUGUGCAACAACAUAUUACACUGUUUGGGGACAGCUAUGGAUCAGGUGUUGGUGAGGGACCAUUACCUAGAGUUCACCCGCCGCUUCCGGGCGGUGUUCGAUCACCCAUCCGAGGGCAGAGCGGCGGGUGAACGGCUGUUUCACUUAAGGCAGGAGACGAGGAGUGCACAGGAUUUCGAGCAGGAGUUCCGGACCCUGGCCGCUGGUGCGGGAUGAAAUGACAGGGCCCUGGUGGACCAUUAUAGGUGUAGCCUGCGGGAGGACGUCCGCAGGGAGCUAGCCUGUCGUGACACUACUCUCACUCUGGACCAGCUAAUAGACAUGUCCAUCAGGCUGGACAACUUGCUGGCUGCUCGCGGGCGUUCUGAUCAGGGUCUGUUCGUUCCACCCCCCAGCGCUCCUGCUCCGACACCCAUGGAGGUAGGGGGUGCUGCUGCUAGGGCCACCGGAGGAGGAGCCUCCUCCUGCACCAGUUGUGGUCGGAGAGGACACACUGCUGACCGGUGCUGGAGGAGCUCGUCUGGGAGUCGAGAGGGCAGGCAGAGCAUGACUCGAACACCUCAGGCAGGCCUGAAGUCCCAGGAGAAGGUAUAUGGGCUAUAUUAAACAAACCCAUACAGUUUUCUGGAUCCAGUAUACCUUUGAAACUAAUCAAAACAGUGGAAUGGCGUCACAAAAGUGGAAACUCCCAGACAUUCUGUCUUCUCCAUAAAAUGGAUGGGAACAUCACCAACAUAUUCCCUGCAUGCAAUGGCACUGCACACUUCCUUUCCCACAAUAAAACCUUUGUUCUAUACUCAGUGAGGGCAGAGGAUGAAGGUGUCUAUGAAGAAAGAGUGAUUUAUAAGAAUAACACUAUGGUCUCAUUAAAUAUAUCACUGUCAAUCAUUUCUCCUCCCUCCACCCUGCACAUCAGCGUAAACUUAUCCCACCCGCUGCUAACAAUGACCUGUGAGGUCAAGGGGUCAAACCUCUCCUAUUGUUGGCUGAAGGAUGACCAGCCCUUCCUCACGGAUUCCAGAUUGUUAUUGGGUGAGAGAAACCAAACCUUACAGGUGAACAACCUGACCAAGGCUGACUGUGGGAAAUACACCUGCUUGGUGGCCAACAAGGCAGGCCUGUCACGGGGCCACUUCCAACUCACAGAUAACCAAUCCUCUGUGUGUAAGGAUGGAAUUGUCCGAGCCACACUGCCGAUAGGCCAGAGAGAAGUUCUAAUCAUGGUAAUAUUGGGCAUCUGCAUAUUCGGCCUGCUCAUCAUCAUUGCCUGCAUCAGGAGAUAUCACCAGG